CUUGGGAGCUCCCAGUGAUUGAGUUAAACCACCGAAGCACGAUUCUGUUCUCUGCCGUCCCGUCGAUGUUCUCCUCACAGUAAACGUAUAAAACAAACGAUGAAACUACGCCGUUUUGUAAAGAAAUUCUCUCAGGGUCAACCUUUUCUCUGACCGUUGUCGGAAGAGCGCAAGGCCCAGUGGCUACUACCCAUUGAAGUUCAGUGACAAGUUCUCCAAAUGGGAACCAGCUAACCCUAGUUUCUCGACAAUUUGAUUGCAGAUUAGGUGGGCAGAAAGUGCUUGAACUUGAUCAUGUUAAAAGCUCACUUCACAAAGAGAGGCUGAGUUGUGGGCUUGGCGUGGAAUUCAAGCAGGUAGGAUUAGGAUGGAGAUUGUAUCCCUAAUCCUCUUUGGAUCAUUCAGAAGCAAAGGAACAAAGAGCAUUUGAGGGCUCCUCCUUUUGUGUGUGUUAGAGUACCUGUAUAUUUUAUGUAAGGGGCAUGCCUUUCAAGAUGGAGAUUGUCUAAAGUACCUCACUAGUAUUCUGUGUAAUUCUCUCUUAUAAGUUCCCUUUCAUGGUUGGCACUCCUUUGGAAUGUAUAUGAGGGGAAGGAAAUAUGAUAGCUAAGAAAUAUAUUUCGAACUGAUAACUGUAACUGAUUGGAAGCAAUUUGAAUUCAUGAAGGAAAAUUUUCUUCGUGGUUCACUGUAAUAAUGCUCUCCUUACUGGCUUUAUUUAGACCACUAUUUGCAAUGGAGUACUAUCAGGUGACUUCCCAUCUAUACAAUCUCUUAGAGAAAUUCCAAUGGAGGAGCUUACUGCUAAAGUUGUCAUGGUUAGAUUUGACUCCACAAUUUUGCUUGAGAAGGAACUAGAGUGGAAUUCUAAAUCAGUUUCCAAGGCACUCUACACAAUUAAAUAUUUACUUGAAGCCAGAGCCAAAAUAAUUCUUGUCAGUGACUGGAGUGAGAAAAUUACUUCAAAGCUUGUUGAAGAAUCAAUUCCAGACAUCUUAUCAUCACUUCUCCAAUACAAAGUGGUUUCAGUAAAAGGCUUAUCUUUUGGCAUGUCAUUAAAGAGAGAAGUCAUUGACGAAGCUGAAAUUCUUCUUCUUGAGAAUCUUUCUGAGUUUAAAGAGGAAGUUGCUAACUGUUCAAAGUUUGCCAAAUUAUUGUCAUCUGGAGUUGAUAUCUUUGUUAAUGACUCAUUUUCCCGGUCCCAUAAAGUCCUUGCAUCAACUGUUGGGGUUGCUCGCUUUUGUGGUGCAUGUGUGGCUGGUUUUUACUUUGAAGAAUGCCUCUCCCAGCUAAAGAAUGCUAUAAAAGCUAACAAGAAACUUUUUGCUGCUAUCAUUGGAGGCGGCAAUAUAUAUGAUAAAGCAGCUGCUUUGCAAUUUUUGGCUUCUAGAUGUGAUGGGUUGAUUUUGAUUGGACCAAUAUCAUUCCAAAUAAUGCAUGCUUUGGGACAAGCUGUCCCUUCAAAUUUAUUGGAACGUGGGGCACAUGAAGCCGCUUUAGAUAUAGUCAAGUUGGCACAUGAUAGAAACAUACCUAUUUUAUGUCCAAAAGACUUUUGGUGUGUGAAUGAUCUUGAAAAACAUUUGGAAAUAUUUCCUGCCCAAGGAAUUUUGGAUGGUUGGAUGCCAGUUGAUCUUGGGCCAAGGUCGUUGGAAGAAAUUAAUUCUUUUCUUACCAAAUGCAAGAAAAUUCUAUGGAUUGGUCCUGUGAAAUUCAGGUUCUCAAGUUCAUAUACAAGUGGAAUGUCUAGAUUGGCUCAAAUGGUUCGUAAACAGAGUAAAAAUGAUUCUGACAUAACUGUUAUUGGGAAUGCGGCAUGUUCUGCUAUAGCAGAGGAAGUAAGUUAUGUUCCAGUUGUUAAUAUGGUAGAGCAUGGUUCAGUUGCAUGGGAGUUUCUGAAAGGAAGAAAGCUUCCUGCGGUCAUGGCCUUAGAUAGGUCAUACCCACUCGAGAUUGAUUGGAAUGUUGCCUACUACAAUCCAGCUCAACCUUUGGUAGUUGAUAUUGGUAGUGGUAAUGGAUUGUUUAUCAUGGGAAUGUCUAGCAAGAGGAAGGAUUUGAAUUUUCUCGGUUUGGAAAUCAAUGGCAAGCUUGUACAGCGUUGUCUAGAUUCUGUUAAUCAGUUUGGCAUAAAAAACAGGUAUUUCAUUUCAACGAACGCAACAUCCACAUUUCGUUCUAUUGUUUCAAACUACCCAGGAGAUCUGGCUCUUGUUUCAAUACAGUGUCCAAACCCUGAUUUUAACAAACCAGAGCAUAGAUGGACGAUGCUGCAGAAGCCACUAAUUGAAGCAGUGGCGGAUCUCCUUGUAUAUAAUGGAAAGGUGUUUCUACAAUCUGACAUAGAGGCAGUUGUUCUGAGAAUGAAAGAUCAGUUUCUGCAAUAUGGAAAAGGUAAAUUUGCACUUGUGCAUAACCAGUAUGAUGACAAAACAAACAACCCAUUUUGGCUCGAGGAGAACCCAUUUGGAGUGAGAUCAGAUUGGGAGCAACAUGUUCUAGACCGAGGCUGCCCUAUGUAUAGACUAGUGCUUUCGAAAUCCAUUACUAUUUGAUGAACUACUAAAUUUUUUGCGGGCAUUGGAUCGUUGAUACAUCCUCAGAUUUUCCAAGAUGAACUGCAGAGAACUCUAUUUACAUUUAAGUUGGGUCGCUACAUCCACAUUUCGUAGAGUAUUAACCUUGCAUUAAAAGUUAUAAUUGAAGCUGUUACAUAGCGGUGCCAUGAGGAGUCAGCAGAUGCUUACCUAUUGCUUCUUUCUGUAAAAUUGUUUACAAACCAUAUACAGAACUAUUUGAAAUUAAAGUAGACAGAAAGAAUACCUGGAAGAUAACGGAAAACUAGAAGCAGCGAUAUUUUUGUUCAUGGAGAUCAGAAUAAAUCGGGAUGUAAAGGCCUAAACCAGAGCAGCUAGAGGUAUUAUUUACCUCAGCAAUCCAUGAAACUUCAUGGAAGAAGAAAACAUAUGAGAACGAGGGAAAGGCAUGAGGACUAAUCUCAUUUAUGUACUAUGAUUGCUUUACUCUAUUUUUUUCUUUAGAUAUUACAUUCUAAUUAUUGUAACCUUGGUGUAUAAUAUUAUUAUGAAAGAAUAUUUGUAUGUUCAUUCCGUGAUUUAUAA